AUGAAACGCGCGUGCCCCACCGAAGAAGCACCGUCCGUGUCGCAUGGAAUCCUUCAGGUCGACCUGCUGGAGCGAAACAUCGAGUUGUUGCGCAAAGAGAACGAGCAGUUGAAGAAAUUUAUCCGGCAAACCCAGGAACGAUCGCGCUACUGGGAAGGCGAAUACUUCAACAAGGUCAUCAAUUAA